GCGGACCGCGGCGCCGGGAGGUGGGAGGGGACCGGGCGGGGAGGAGAACGACAGAGAAACGCUGUGGCAGCGGCGGCGACGUGCGCGCCCAGCCCACUCCCCGCGCCCGCCGCCCGGACAAUAAACAGCCGCGCGCGGAGCAAUGCCAGGGCGGGUGCCGUCGCCCCCGCGCCGCGCUGCCCAGGCCCCCAGGCCUUAGCCCGCGGAUCCCCAGCACCCCCGCCCGCGCCAUCCCCCGCCCAGCAUCACGGACCCACCCGGACCUCAGCGGGGAAAUGGAGGUCCUGGUGACAGAGACCACAUCCCAGCAGGAGCGGCUACAGGCCAUUGCAGAGAAGCGGAAGAGGCAGGCGGAGAUGGACAGCAAGCGGCGGCAGCUAGAGGAUGACCGACGGCAGCUGCAGCACCUGAAGUCCAAGGCAUUGCGGGAACGCUGGCUGCUGGAGGGGACGCCGUCCUCCACGUCAGAGGGGGAUGAGGACAUGAGAAGACAGAUGCAAGAGGAUGAGCAGAAGGCCCGGGUCCUGGAGGAGUCCAUCUCCAGGCUGGAGAAGGAAAUUGAGGUGCUAGAGAAGGCAGACGUGUCCCCAGCCACCAACAAGGAGAACAUGGCAACCCCGAGCCCGGCCAAGGAGGCCCAGAAGGCAGAGAUGGUACUGAAUUCUCGUCAGACUCCCGUGGGCACGCCCAAAGAGAAGCAUGUCCCCAACACCCCCAUGACGAUGGUCGAAGGCUCCACCAUGAUGAAGGCAGCCAUGUACUCGGUCGAGAUCACAGUGGAGAAGGACAAGGUGACCGGGGAGACGCGGGUGCUGUCCAGCACGACCGUGCUCCCUCGGGAGCCGCUCCCUCAGGGCGUCAAAGUCUACGAGGACGAGACCAAAGUGGUCCACGCUGUGGACGGCACUGCGGUGAAUGGGAUCCAGCCCCUGAGCUCCUCCGAGGUGGACGAACUCAUCCACAAAGCGGACGAGAUCACGCUGAGCGAGGCAGGGCCCGUGGCCAGGGCAGCGGAGACCCGGGGGUUGUCCGAGGAGGCCGUGCGGACCACCACGCCCUCCCGGCGGGAGAUCACCGGGGUGCAGGCGCAGCCAGGUGAGGCCACGUCAGGCCCGCCGGGCGUCCAUCCUGGCCAGGAGCCCCCGGUCACCAUGAUCUUCAUGGGCUACCAGAAUGUGGAGGACGAGGCCGAGACCCAGAAGGUGCUGGGGCUACAGGACACCAUCACCGCAGAGCUGGUGGUCAUCGAGGACGCAGCUGAGCCGAAGGCGGAUGCCCCGCCCAACGGCAGCGCGGCUGAGCCCCCUGCCACUUCGGGCUCCAGGGAAGAGAACCAGGUGGGGCCUGAGGCUCCCGCCAGCGACACCCAGGACCUCGACAUGAAGAAGCAGCGCUGUAAAUGUUGCUCGGUCAUGUGAUACGCCUGCCCCCAGUCCCAGGCCCCGCCCUUCAUGCCACAGACACCCGCAGCCCAGCAGCGCCUGCCCUCCCUCCACCCACAAUCACGGGCCCUAGGACACGCUGUGUUGUCACAUCUUCCUUCUGAGUUUUCUUUCACUGGAAAGAGAGGGACAGGGGUCCCCCACCCGUCACCACCCCACCAUACCCUAAACCACUGAGCCAUGCACCUGGUAGGAGAGAGACAUGGACAGUCCCACUUUUCCCAAGAGGAGGCCCACCUGCCAUGUCCCGGCAGCUCCACAGAUAGGCUCUCCCCACAGUGGUCCUGGCUGAUGGAACCCGGGGCCUCUGUCCAGCCCCAGGCCAGCCCGCCACCUUUGGGCCUCCUGCCUGUGCCUUCCCGCGACCUCCAAUGAGGUCCCCAAGGGGACGUCCUGCCAUAGAGGGCCUGAGGAGCCGAGGGGUCCUGGGGGCCUACUCUGUCCCUGCUCAGCCCCUGGAAGUGGGGUUCCCCAGCCAAGGCUCUGGCAGCCGGAUCUCAGGCAGUUGGGGUGAGGCUGUGCCUCAUUGGGUAGCCUCAGACAGAGACCUGGCUCUAGGUCUUGGAGUGGAGAAUAGGCCCCUGGGGGCACCCCCAGCCUGAUGUGCCCCCACCUCUAUGCUCUCUGUGGGCGCUGUCAGUGGAUGAUGGAGCCUGGGAAGAGGGAGCCCCGGGGGGCAUGACCCCAGCCAGGAGGGUUCCGUGACCACUGCACUGUCUUCUGGACAGCGCAGGGAGGGUCUUCAAGCUGCCCCUGCAUGAGGUGGGGCCAUGCAAACCUCUUCUCACCCUGAGCUCCCACACCCACUGGGCCCUCCUUCCUGGUGCUAAUGUGGUGAUUCUGGGGGGGCUGCCCCUGCAUCUCCUCCAACCAGCUUGGACCAGGGUCCUGUUUCUGCACCCUCCCACACACUUCAAACCCCGGAGAUCGGUUGGGCCCACUGCCAGCUCUCCUGGGCUGCUGAGGGGGCAGGCUGGAGCAGGGAGCUUUCCUGAGUUGCAGCGGGAGACCCUCACUGGCCUCCCAGCCCCAUGGGAGCCUAUCCUCCCUCUCCCUGGAAGGGUGAAGGGCUUCCCUUCUGGGAUGUGCACACAUGUCUCCCAGGUCGCAGGCGCAUUCAUGCCCACACAGACCCUCUCCUGUGCGAGCUGUGGGACCACCAGGCCCCCCACCUGGUGACUAGGCCCAGACUGCCCCCACCUCAGCACGGGGGGGCGGGGCGCAGGGGCUGCCUCCGGGGCCCAGGCCCAUCUCAGCUCUGCCCCUUGGUGGUGGGAGAAGAGGUCCUCUCUGAAGUGGACCCGGGCAGCGGUGUGGACCCCUUCCCUCCAGUCACUGAGUCCUCGAGCUGCGAGCCUCCGCUGAAGUGCCCUUGCUGCCCUUCUGCUUUUGAUGUGUGACAGGCCCUGUGUUCUUGACUUUCCCAGAGAAGCGAAUAAACCGUGUGA